AUGGUCCUAGACAAUCACAAGAUUGUUCCGAUCUGCACGUACUCACUAUUCCACCCCGAUUCCUACACCGAACGAUACCGAACUGAAUCGAGCUGGCUUGUCGCAAGGACUAAAUUUUCUAGAAGCGACAAGUUGUGUUCGGCGCUGCUAAAUGCCAAGAUCAGCAUGGCUAUGUUGAUCGAUAAUACACAACCAUGUGAAGUGGUACCGGGCUUCAGGGCUCGCGAUGGACAUCAUGGCCGCAAGUAUGGGUCCCCGACAGCUUGA